CUGCGGGAUGGUGUCGGCUUUGGUUCCUGUGGUGGUUGGCGUCGGGCCUUUCCAGCAGGACUUUGAAUUGAGGAACGUGCAACUCGCCGGAUGAGUUUUUUCUCACCGUGCUACUAAGUUUCCCCUGCCAACUUUCUCUCUCGUCCCACUCACUGGCCUCAUCGUUGACGAUGCAUUCCGUCGUCAGAAAUUCUGUGCGCAUCGCAGCCAUCGCAAGGGCAUCCCCUCUGCUCCGUGAGCAGACCCUUGCCACUGCCUCCGCCUUCACUCGUCGCUAUGCUACUGCUAAGCCAGCUGCGUCGGAGGUAUCCUCUAUCCUUGAGUCGCGUAUUGCUGGCACUUCGCUCGGUGGAGACGUGCAGGAGACUGGCCGUGUCCUGACUAUUGGUGACGGUAUCGCUCGCGUCUAUGGCCUGAACAAUGUCCAAGCCGAGGAAAUGGUUGAAUUCUCUUCUGGCGUGCGCGGCAUGUGUCUCAACUUGGAAGCCGACAAUGUCGGUGUCACUAUCUUCGGUAACGAUCGCCUAAUCAAAGAAGGUGAUACUGUUAAGCGCACUGGUCAAAUCGUGGAUGUUCCUGUUGGUCCUGGCCUUCUCGGGCGUGUCCUCGAUGCCCUCGGGAACCCUAUUGAUGGUAAGGGCCCAGUUGAGGCGAUUGAGCGCCGUCGAGCCUCCGUCAAAGCACCUGGGAUUUUGCCCCGUCGUUCCGUCAACCAGCCCAUGCAGACCGGUCUCAAGCCCAUCGAUGCUAUGGUCCCAAUUGGUCGUGGCCAGCGUGAGUUGAUUAUCGGUGAUCGUCAAACCGGAAAGACCGCCGUUGCUCUCGAUACCAUCCUGAACCAGAAACGCUGGAAUGAUGGUCAGGACGAGAGCCAGAAAUUGUACUGCGUUUAUGUUGCCAUUGGUCAGAAGCGCUCCACUGUUGCCCAGCUCGUUCAAACGCUCGAAGAGAACGAUGCGCUUAAGUACACCAUCGUCGUUGCUGCAACUGCCUCUGAGGCAGCGCCUCUGCAAUACUUGGCUCCGUUCUCUGGAUGCGCUAUGGGUGAAUGGUUCCGUGACAACGGCAAACACGCCCUAAUUAUUUAUGACGACUUGUCCAAACAGGCUGUCGCAUAUCGUCAGAUGUCACUUCUGCUUCGUCGUCCCCCGGGGCGUGAGGCCUACCCUGGUGACGUCUUCUAUCUACAUUCUCGUUUGCUUGAGCGAGCUGCCAAGAUGAAUGACAACUUUGGUGGUGGUUCGCUCACUGCACUCCCUAUCAUCGAGACUCAAGGUGGUGAUGUCUCCGCUUACAUUCCCACCAAUGUCAUUUCGAUUACGGAUGGUCAAAUCUUCUUGGAGGCGGAGCUCUUCUUCCGUGGGGUUCGCCCGGCUAUCAACGUCGGUCUCUCUGUGUCCCGUGUCGGUUCCGCAGCUCAGACCAAGAUGAUGAAGAAAUUUGCAGGUUCCCUCAAGCUGUAUCUUGCUCAGUACCGUGAAGUUGCUGCCUUCGCUCAAUUUGGUUCGGAUCUGGACGCUUCCACUCGCUUCUUGCUCAGCCGUGGUGCACGUCUCACUGAGCUUCUCAAGCAAGGCCAGUAUCAACCUCUGGCAGUUGAGGUUCAAAUUCCCGUUAUUUAUGCUGGUGUGAAUGGCCUCCUUGAUUCUAUUCCCGUUGAUAAGAUCGUUCAGUGGGAGGCUGAGUUUCGUCAGCACCUUACCUCGUCCCAGGGUGCCCUCCUCGAGAAAAUCUCCAAAGGAAACGUGGCUGAAGAGAUGGAGCAGGAGAUUAAGAAAGUAGUUGAAGACCACGUCGCGUCUUUCAAUGCUUCAUGAGUGUCGGGAGGAGGGUGAUUGGAGUGGACCAAUCAAGCACCAAUUAGAGGACUUGAAGCUAUGAUCUCACUUCUCUUUUUGCAAUUGAAUCUUCCCUCAAAAGAUGAUGCUUACACAUCGUACUGUCGCGAACCAUCCAUAAAAUCUAUUAUUUCCUCUAUCUUCGGUGUGACCCUACAUUCGUUGGAAUAUUCGAAUGUCUUACAGCUACAUAUAAUAAUCACCUAAUAGGAGUUCAGGGUGAGGGUCCGCCUCUUAGUUGGAAACGCCCUGGGAUCGAU